AUGGCGUCCUUCAAAGACAUAGUGGCUCAGGUGCUCGAGACGGCUCCUACGACUUAUCGCGGUCCUGGCGGCUCCAUCGCUGUGGUCAGGGAUGGUGAACUUGUCGGCCAGCAGGUCUGGGGUUAUUCCAACCUUGAUACACAGGCUCUCUUGAGCCCGGACACGAUCUUACCUAUCUGCUCUAUCACUAAGCAGAUGCUCUGCGGCCUAUUGCCCAGCCUCGAGCACGACCCGACCCCUGCGAUGAAGGCACGCGGUACAGAUGCAAAGACGCAAUUUCAGGAUCAAUUAUCCGAGACUCUGGGUGCGGACUUCGUCAAGCAGACAGGCUUGAAGAUCCACCAUCUCACGAACAAUGCCUCUGGAAUACGUGACUACUGGGCGUUGACAGUGCUCUGGGGAGCAAAAUUGGAUCAGAAAUUCUCGAUGAAGGACCACAUCCCCAAAGCAAUCGAGAGGACCAAGUCACUGCAUUUCACUCCAGGCACAGAGUACAGCUACUCAAACAUCAACUUCGUCAUCGUCCAGCGCAUCAUCGAAGCUGUUAGUGGUCAGACCCUUGAUGAACUGCUUGCCCAGCGUGUGUUUGGACCGAGUUCCAUGAAAAGUGCUUUCGUGGGGCAAGACUCUUCGCUACAUCCGACGCGCUGUGUAGGAUACGAAGGAAACGCAUCGGUCGGCUACUUUCCUGCUAUCAAUCGUAUCGAGUGGGCUGGGGAUGCUGGUAUCGUCGCUUCGCUCAACGACAUGAUCGCUUACGAAAAGUCCUUGGACCGCAGCUGGACAGGGAAGGAAGGGUGGUUUUGGGACAACGCACAGCCACCUACCUAUGACGACGGCAAACCCGCGGUCUAUGCUAACGGUCUUGCGUCAGUUGAUGUUCUCGGUGUCCGGACUGUUAGACACGGCGGCGCACUACGUGGAUAUCGGCUGCACAGAUGCUAUGCACCCCAACAGCGGGUUUCGGUCAUUGUCAUGUUCAAUCACGAAGCUGAUGCUGGGGCCGCAGCAAGUUCAAUCUUGCAGAAAGUGCUCGGCCUGAAACAACCAGAGACGCCAGUCGUUCAAGCAGGAAAGGAGUGGUUCGGUUCGUAUUUCGACGAGGUCGCGCAAAUGUUUUUGACCGUGGCGGAAGGCAAGAAGCCUGGGGAAGUCGUACUUUCCUACGUCCGAUCUCCAGAAAAGGUCAAGCUUACGGACGCAACGCAUGCGAAAUCGACUUCAUUGAACGUCUCGCUGGAAGGAGAUGUCAUUGUCGUCGAGCGGAUGGAAGACAAUCGCAUUGUCCGGGCGAAAAAGCUCACCCCCAGCGUGCACGCGGCAAAGAUGGACGCAUCCUUUCUGGGCUCUUAUCGCUGCGAUGAAAUCGAUUCAAAGCUCAAAAUCGAGGGGCAUAGUGGUAUGCUUUACGGCGCUUUCGAAGGUUUCUUGGGCACUGGAGCUAUGCAUUUUGUCCGCCAUGUUGGAGGAGAUGUCUGGGCGCUUGAAUGCGUAAGGAGUAUGGACGCUACUCCGCCCGGCGAUUGGACGCUUGCUUUCAAGAGGGACGAGGCUGGAAAUGUGAACGCGUUGACUGUUGGCUGUUGGUUGGCAAGAAACCUCAAGUACAAGAAGGUUUAA